AUUGUGCUAAAUCAUAUAGUACAAUUUAUUGAUUUUCGAUUAUAUUGUAACUUUUUUUUAAAUAUAUAUAUAUUUUUUUCUUUUGUGUAUAAUUGCAAAAGUUUCCAUUUUCUCCCAGAUUGCGAUCAUCAAUUUUCAUCAUUUGCCCAAAUUUCCAAUUGCAGUUUAAAACCCUUUACUUCAAUUUUGCAGAUAAAAAAACCCCAGAAAUUCGCAACGUUAAUCUCUCUCUUUCUAUAUAUCCGAUUUUACCAACACACAGAAAACCCUCAAAAUUGGCGCUCUCACCAAACACACACACUCUAUCUAUUUCUUCGAUUAAUGAUUCUUACUGAUAAUUCCAAGCGACAUCGUAAAUUUUAUCCUAUAUGUUUGUUUGAAAUUUCUCGUUGAUUUCCAGAUUGAUUGUCAUCGAAUAUAACCCUUUUUUCGUGUUAGGGUUUUGUUGACAAUCCUCUUACCGAUCUUUAUGAUCGGAUUUUCUACGAAUUAUUUGAGCUUCCCGAGUAGUUUCUCUUCGUAGGGGGUCCCUUUUUAGGGUUUGUGGUGGAGAAAGAAAUCCUUGUUACUUUUGACAAAUUUUUCUGCCAUUCAUUUCAAAUCAAAGUUCCCACCUUCAGUGUAUCAUCUCUUUAGGGUUGUUCAUACACUUUUAGUGCUUAUAUGUUCAUAUGCAAUUACAUGUUUUUGUGAUUUGAAAACUACGUUACGUUUUGCAAUCAAACCUUUUGAAAAUUUGGGGGACAUCAACAAGUUUUGAACUUCGACUUGGGGGAUUGAAUCGCCUGGAAUUUUGGGUAGCAUAGAGUUAUCUUGCAUGGGCGACCAUGAGGAAUGGUCACAGCCCCGAGGCGGCCUAUCGCCAAAUGGGCUAUUGCCCAAUGCAGGUCCGUUGCUAGAGAGUUUAGAUUCAGUUCGAUGGUUGAAAGCUGAGGAAAGAACUGCAGAGCUUAUUUCCCGCAUUCAACCCAAUCAGCCAUCUGAAGAACGAAGGAAUGCUGUCGCUGAUUAUGUACAAAGACUUAUUAUGAAGUGCUUCCCCUGCCAGGUUUUUACUUUUGGGUCUGUACCCCUUAAAACGUAUCUACCUGAUGGAGAUAUUGACUUAACAGCCUUCAGUAACAGUGCAAACUUGAAGGACUCAUGGGCGAGUGAAGUUCGUGAUAUGUUGGAGAUCGAGGAGAAAAAUGAGAAUGCAGAAUUUCAUGUGAAGGAGGUUCAAUACAUUCAAGCAGAAGUGAAGAUUAUAAAGUGCCUUGUUGAAAACAUUGUGGUAGAUAUAUCUUUUAAUCAGCUUGGAGGAUUGUGUACCCUUUGCUUUCUUGAGGAGGUUGAUAAUCUGAUAAAUCAGAACCAUUUGUUUAAGAGGAGCAUUAUACUGAUCAAAGCCUGGUGUUAUUAUGAGAGCCGCAUACUUGGUGCUCACCAUGGGCUCAUAUCAACUUAUGCCCUUGAGACUUUGGUUCUUUACAUAUUCCAUGUUUUCAACAAUUCUUUUGCUGGACCUCUUGAGGUACUUUACCGUUUUCUGGAGUUCUUUAGUAAUUUCGACUGGGAAAACUUCUGUGUUAGCUUGUGGGGUCCUGUGCCAAUAAGCUCACUUCCAGAUGUGACUGCUGAGCCACCUCGUAAGGACAGUGGAGAAUUGCUGUUGAACAAAGUAUUUCUUGAUGCUUGUAGCUCUGUGUAUGCUGUUUUUCCUGGUGGUCAGGACAACCAAGGCCAAACUUUUGUUUCCAAACAUUUUAAUGUUAUUGAUCCGUUGCGUGUUAGUAAUAAUCUUGGACGCAGUGUCAGUAAAGGUAAUUUCUUCAGAAUACGCAGUGCAUUUGCUUUUGGGGCUAAAAGGCUAGCAAGAUUACUAGAUUGCCCUCAGGAAAAUCUAGUUGCUGAGGUCAAUCAGUUUUUUACCAAUACAUGGGAACGACAUGGCAGUGGCAUUCGCCCUGAUGCACCUGGUUGUUUGACUUCAGUAUCUGAAAGUCAACCUCUCACUGAUAUUUCAAAGAUCAAUUCAACUGGAAAAAAAUUCAGAAACUCUGUUGGGCGUGAGAGUGAGGUAGAAGACACCCGUUCCCGCAAUUCAUCUCGUCAGUCGGAAAGUGGAAAACCCCAAACUACCCCUGAUGUUACUGCAGCUCCUCGUGCCCAGAAGGGUCAUGGAAACUUAAACAGAGGACAGAAGAAUUUGAUAUCUGGUCAAUUGGUCAAUGACAUUCAAAGGGUUAACAGAGCACCUGAAAUUGCAAAUCCCCAAACUGCCCCCGACACACAGGGGGUAUCAAUUUCAAAUAGCAGCUAUCGUAACAGGAGGAAGAACAUUGAUGCUUCUGUUGAUUCGAAUAAUGGUUCAAGUUUGUAUCAACAUGAUUCAGGCUUGGGAUUACCUUCCAUGAGUGAACAAAUGCAUCAGGAAGAACAAGAUCUUGUGAACAUGAUGGCAUCUUCUGGACUUCAUGGAUUCAAUGGUCAAGUUCAUAUGCCAAUGAGUCAAUUACCAUUUCCAUUCUCCCCAUCUUUUCUAGCAGGAAUGGGAUACGCACAAAGGAAUUUCACAAACUUUCCCAUGAUUGAUCCUGCAUAUGCCGGAAUGCAGUUUCCCCAUGGCCUCGUCUCACCUCAACUAAACCAUUUCUUUUCCGGAAUCGGAAUGACAAAUUCCGAAGAUCCAAUGGAACCUGUGAAUGAUAAUUUUAACUCUCUGGAAAUCAACUCUAUUGAUCAUGAACAUGAUUCCUGGUCGCAGGGACAAGAUGGGAAUUCUGAAAUUGUUCCAUUAGAUGUUAAGCGUCAGUCAACCUCAUCAGGAUUAAGUUAUGUUCCUCCGCCUCUGCGUGUAGGUGGAUCUGGUGGGGUAGCAAGAAGUCAACAAAAGUAUAACAAAGAAAAGCGUGGGCCCAUGAGGAACAACAAUGAUCAUUCACAUUCACAUUCGGAUCAUUUAGAGAAUAGAGUAGUAAAUGAUGAUGAAAGAACUGCAAGUUCAAGAUUCUCAUCUGCUGCUCACAGUAACUCAUUAAAAAGUAAAACUUCAUCAGAAAGUUCAUGGGACGAGAGUUCAACAGUCUCCAAAAAGGAAAAACGUGGGAAAAAGGUAAUUGUCUCUGCUGAGUCAUCAAGUGGAUAUGUAAAAGGGAAGACCAUGUUUGAGUCCACGUCAGCAUCAGCACACCAGUCCGAGGACGAUGACAUGGACUCUGAGGCGACAGAUAGACCUCAGUCUGUGUCUUCUUCUAUGCAUGCUCCAAGAUAUGAAUUGGCUCAAACAAGUGGAAAUGACUCAAUCGUCCCUAUAGCUCCAAUGAUUCUAGGCCAUAACAGACAAAGAAUGAUGGAUAAUUCCGGAGCGAUGCCCUUGACAUUUUACCCCACGGGCCCACCCGUUCCCUUCCUGACAAUGCUUCCAUUCUACAAUGUCCCAUCACAACCCAGCCCAUCUGAUCCAUCAACCAGUCAUUUCAGUGAUGAUGUCAGCAUUGAGAAUGGUGACAUCAUCAACAACCAAUCAGAGGAAUUCAAUCCGGAUGGUUUGAGAGGAGCAGCUCCUGGUGAAACACCAUCUGAUAUCCUCAACAGUGACUUUGCCAGCCAUUGGCAGAAUCUACAAUUCGGUAGGUAUUGUCAAAGUCCACGUCAGCAUGGGCCCACAGUAUACCCUUCACCUGUCAUGGUCCCACCGGUCUACUUACAGGGGCGGGUCCCAUGGGACGGCCCGGGAAGACCGUUACCAAAUAUGAAUAUAGUGACUCAGCUGAUGAACUACGGGCCCCGCCUUGUCCCGGUUGCAGCACCACCACCGGUUCAAUCCGUUUCCAGACCGCCAAAUGUUUACCAACAACGUGAAGAUCUUCCAAGAUACCGCAGCGGGACCGGGACUUAUCUUCCAAAUCCCAAGGUGUCUGUAAGGGAGAGACAUAGUUCAGGGUCAAGAAGGGGGAACUACAACCAUGAUAGAAGUGAGAAUCACAAUGAAGGUAACUGGAAUGGGAAUUCAAAAUCACGAGGCUCAAACCGGAAUCAUAAUCGUAACCAAAUGGAUAAAUCAAACUCGUUUAGGGCAGAAAGAUCAGUGAAUUCAUCAUAUAGACAUGAUACAUUUGCUACAUAUCAGACCCAGAAUGGUCCUUUACAUGGGAGUUCAAGUCAUGGGGUUGGGAUGUAUCAAAACCCAUCAUCUGCCAAUGGGUCAAGUGUUCCUUCAAUGGUGAUGGUGUAUUCCAAUCACAGCCACAGACAAAUGAGGGAGGUCGAGAAAGAAGAGGGGCAUUUGAGGAAAAUCGGUUAUAUGGGGCUUCUCUACAACAACGGCCUUCACCAGAUCGGCCUUCAUCGCCACAUCAUCAAAGGAGGAUUUGAUUCUGUUCAUCUGCCACAUCACUUGCCAUUUGCCAAAGGCGAUCAUCAAGAUUCCAUUUUGGGGCCUUACAAAAACAAAAUACACACAGAAAGUCUUCAUGGUCAAAGGCUUAUCCAUGACCCUGGUAUACGUUGUGUUGCUGGGGUUUUGACUGAUGAUGAUGAUGAUAUUGGUUAG